UGCGCGGCGCCUGCGCGGCUGGCGGAGCGGCGGCGAUGAAGGUGGCGGUGGCGGGGUGCUGCCAUGGCGCCCUGGAUAAGAUGUACGAGACGCUGGAGCUGCUGCAGCGGCGGCACAACGUGCGGCCCGACCUGCUGCUUUGCUGCGGCGACUUCCAGGCGGUGCGGAACGAGGCGGACCUGCGCUGCAUGGCCGUGCCUGCCAAGUACCGCCACAUGCAGACCUUCUACCGGUACUACUCCGGCGAGAAGGCGGCCCCGGUCCUCACCGUGUUCAUCGGCGGGAACCACGAGGCGUCCAACCACCUGCAGGAGCUGCCCUACGGCGGGUGGGUGGCGCCCAACAUCUACUACCUGGGGUACGCGGGCGUGGUGCGGUUCCGCGGCGUGAGGAUCGGCGGCAUCUCGGGCAUCUUCAAGUCUCACGACUACCGGAAAGGCCACUUUGAGUGUCCUCCAUACAACCAGCAAACAAUUAGAAGCGCUUACCACGUGAGGAAUAUUGAAGUCUUCAAACUCAAGCAGUUAAAGCGUCCCAUUGAUAUAUUUAUGUCACAUGACUGGCCAAGGAGCAUAUAUCACUAUGGAAACAAGAAACAGCUUCUUAAAAUGAAAUCCUUCUUCCGUCAAGAAGUGGAAAGCAACACAUUAGGAAGCCCUGCUGCUUCAGAGCUUCUGCAGCAUCUGAAACCCACCUACUGGUUCUCAGCACAUCUUCAUGUUAAAUUUGCAGCUUUCAUGCAACACCAGACAAACUCCAAAGAAGAGCUACCGAAAGCAACAAAGUUUCUGGCUCUGGAUAAAUGCCUGCCGCACAGAGACUUUCUGCAGAUAAUAGAUGUAGAACAUGAUCCGAAUGCAGGUGACUCCCUGGAGUAUGACGCUGAGUGGAUUGCAGUCCUCAAGGCCACCAACAGCCUUGUUAAUGUGACUCAGAGCUCAUGGAAUAUGCCUGAAAAGAACGGCCUCCAUGCAAAGUGGGAUUACAGCGUGACGGAAGAAGCUAUCAAAGAGGUGUUAGAAGAGGUGAAUCAUAACCUCAAAAUUCCUUGUAACUUCACGUUGACAGCUGCUUGUUAUGAUCCCAGCAAGCCCCAAAAACAUGUGGAACCAGUUCAUACCAUCAAUCCGCAGACCACUGAGUUUUGUGCCCAGUUUGGCCUCACUGACAUCAAUGACAGGAUCCAGCAAGCUAAAGAAGAGGGCUCAGUACGAGGUGAAUAUGAGGAGGAGGAGGAGGAAGAAGAGAUGGACAGUACUGGGUCAGCAGAAGAACCCAGUGAAUAUAAUACAGAUAAUUCGGGACUUUCAUCCAUUAAUCCAGACGAAAUAAUGCUGGAUGAAGAAGGUGGUGACGAAGACUUGAGUACAUGUUCUGUAGAUCCUUCCCCUGAUCAUCCUCCUGACUUCUCUGCAAGUUUUUCUGACAUCCGGAUCAUGCCAGAUUCCAUGGUGGUAUCAUCUGAUGACGCUAUGGACUCCACAAGUGAGGAACUGGAGAAGUCCAGUGUGAGUAAGCAGGUGGAAGAGAAGAGCUUGAAUGAGAGAUCAUUAAAGCGCAUUGGUGGUAAUGAAAAUGGGAACAGUGGCGUUAAAAAAAUUAAGAGAAGGAAUCAAGCUAUCUAUGCUGCAGAGGAUGAAGAUAAAACAGAAUAAUGCUUCGUACAAUGUAUAACUAAGUUCUCUCUCUACCUUUUUGUGGGAAGGUGGUGAGAACUGUGAUGCACUACUUGUGCUUUUAAUGUUACUUGAUCUUAUUCAUGUUACUUUCUUAAGCUGACGAGGCUGUAUGUACCUCUCACAAGGAAGAAGAAUUAUCUGGAUUAAACAUCUAAGUCAGAAGCAGACUUUUCCAACAAAGUACUUUUGUCAAAAGGGUUUAACGCUCAUGUAUCGGUGGAUUUUGCUUCAGUUCUUGGUUAUUAAUGUAUACUGUGUACCUUCAGAUGUACUGCUAUACAAGAUUCAUCGUGCUUGUUUAACAAGAGAAGAACUUGUAGACUGUAACUCAAGUCAAAGUGAGAGGUUGUCUGACUUGUAAGACUGAAUGAUUUGAUUUUAUUGCUUUUGUCUUGUUUUAUACUGAACUUUUAAUACUAAGUAGCAUAUGCAAUAACUCUAUGAACUAAAUUUGAAAAUAGAAAUCCCAUGCUAACAAAAUAGCAAUAGAAGAGUGAACAUUUUUGUUUCUGGUGAUGCUCAUGCUGUAGAAAAGCUUUGUGGUCAUAAACAAAACAAUGUGUAUUGUCCAGUAUUGGCUUUUAAUUACAGUUUUGAUAGGCAAUCGUCUCUUAAUUUGACGCAUGACAGUUUUAUGGGGACCAUGGAAGAGUGCACCUCUGUUCUUAAAACCUCAAUUGUGUGUCACUUCUUAGAACUUGAGAACAAUGUCUUAAAAUUAAAAUGCAAGUAUUUAGGAUGAACAAGCUUUCUAAAUGCAGACAUCA